AUGUCGCUCUUGCUGCUGGGUGAUGUGGGUCCUCUGGGGCCCACAGGGCGGGAGGGUCCAUGGGGGGCCCUGGGGGAAAAUGGGGAGAAGGGACCAAAAGGAGAGAAGGGCCACAUCAGACUUAUGGGUCAGCCAGGAUUCAUGGGAGAAAUAGGACCUGCAGGCUUGUCAGGGCUACAGGGUAUCAUGGGCCCUAGGGGGCCUCCAGGGCCAGAUGGAUUUCUAGGAGAGAAGGGGGAGUCUGGGCCUACUGGAGCCAUCGGACCUCAAGGCAAACAAGGACCUCCGGGGGUGGCUGGAGUUCAAGGGGUCAGAGGUGACACAGGGAAGCCAGGACCACAGGGUCCAGUAGGGAAGGUUGGGCCUGAGGGAGACUUGGGCCAUAAAGGUGAGCCAGGACUAGACGGGGAGAAAGGGGAGGCAGGGGGACCAGGCGAGCCAGGAGAACAGGGGCUUGACGGUCUGCCAGGCAUCAGAGGGCCCCCAGCGCUUCUUGGUUUGGAGGGGCCACAGGGUGAGGUAGGAGCCCAGGGUCCAGAAGGUCCCCUAGGAGCGUUGGGUGUCAGGGGAAUCCCAGGACCUGAGGGAAAACAGGGACUGAAAGGAGAGAAGGGAGAUGAUGGCAGAGAUGGAUCACCUGGAAAGACAGGUCACAUCGGAAGGAGUGGGAAAAGAGGCAAGGCUGGAAUCAGGGGCACAAGAGGAGAGAGAGGACCAAAGGGAGAGAGGGGAAAUGUGGGAUUGAUUGGUGUUCCAGGAUGGGCGGGGUCUAUAGGAAUCCCAGGCUUGCGAGGAGACAGGGGGGAUCAGGGUGAAAAGGGGAACGAGGGAGAAAAGGGGAACAUAGGGCCGCUCGGUCCGCCAGGGGGUGAUGGCCUAAAGGGUAGUCUGGGUCCUGUUGGGGUACCAGGACAGGCGGGUCCAAAGGGAGAUCAGGGGAAUAUUGGACCAUCCGGGCCAAGAGGAACACCUGGGAUGCCAGGACUACCUGGUUUGUUUGGAGAGAAGGGUUUGAAAGGUUUUGAGGGAUUUCCUGGGCAACCUGGGACGAGAGGCCUGCCAGGGGCACCUGGACUCCCAGGACUUCCAGGUCCCUCAGUGAACAUGACCCUUACUCAACUCAAGGACCUUAAGUACCUGUCAGAUAAGCCCAACUACCCUCUGAUCCAGACCCUGCUGGACUCUCUGCACCAGGACCUGAGGCUGCUGGUGGACCCCCCUGAUGGCAGCAAGGAGCACCCUGCCACCACCUGCAUGGAGCUGUGGCUCUGCCACCCCGACUACGCCAGCGGGAUGUAUUACAUUGACCCCAACCAGGGCAGCCCCAACGAUGCUCUCCUGGCCUACUGCAACUUCUCUGGCACAGCCGCACAGACCUGCCUUCACCCCCGAGACGCCCAGAUGACCAUGAAGGCGUGGCUAAAGGAUUCCGAGACAAAUAGCUCGUUCCAAUGGCUCAGCAAGCUGGAACAAGGAUUCCAGUUCUAUUACCCAGGGGCCAAUGUGGUUCAGAUGCGUUUCCUGAGGUUGCAGAGUUGGAAAGCCGUGCAAAGGAUCAUCUACUCCUGCCACCCGGGACACAGGCUGGGCCACACAGACAGAGAGGUCAAGUUCCUGGCAGACACAAGGAGGCAGAGUUACUUGGGAGCACUUAAAGACUGCAUGCCUGGAGAAGAGGUGGACUCGCUGGAGCCGCGGGAGUCUGUGUUUGAGUUUGAGGACCUCAACCUGCUUCCUGUGAGAGAUGUGGCUGUCUUCGGGGGUGGAAACGUCACACAUGAGUUUGGCUUCACCAUCGGGCCCGUCUGUUUCAGCUAGAGAGGGAGAGAGGGGGCCCUUAUGCUCCUUUUCCACUCGCUUGGACUCACAGAGCCAGGAUAAGAGCCUGUGUUCAGGACCCCAAGACAACUAGAGAACAAGAGGACAAAGGGAAUCGCUCCACCAUUUUGUGAGGGCAUCACUCCUCUUUCCAUCUGAUAUUUUUGGUGGAGAACAUCGAUUAAUUCUCUUGUCGACUGGCUCCACAUAAAUGACUCUUUGAGAGGGCAUCAAUUUCCACAGGCUCAAAUACUUCCUGACAAUUGUAUUUUUGUUUACAGAGACGUUUAUCGUGUAAUGAAUAAUUUAUAUAAUGUUGUUUUGAUUUCUAUAUAUAAUGGUUCUUUUGAAUCUUUUUCAAAAAACAUUUUAGCAGCAGUUUAUUAAAUUUUACAUUUUAGUCAUUUAGCAGACGCUCUUAUCCAGAGCGACUUACAGUUAGUUAGUGCAUAAAUUUUUU